AUGAUCGAGACGUCCUCGUCCUCCACCUGCAGCACGAGCACUAGCAGCAGCACCAGCAGCGGGGGCGGCUGCGCCGGCUCGGCGCCGCGCUCGGCCGCGUGCCUCAAGCGCGCCGGCCCCAUGGCCGUGCCCGAGGCGGUGGCGUGGCUGGACCACCUGACGCUCGAGCUGCACACCGCGUCCAUCAGCGGCAAGCCGCAGUACCAGCUCACCAUGAAGUACACCCCCGCACAGCAGAAGCUGGCGGCCGCCGCGACCUGGACCAUCUAUCGGCCGUUCGACGAGUACCGCGCCUUCCAGAAGCGGCUGCUCAAGCGCAUGCAGCACGGCCACUCGUGCGGCGCCGAGUGCAAGUGGCUCUACAAGGUGGUCAAGCACUACUUCCCGCAGAAGUCGCUCUUCUGCAACAACUGCCCCAAGGUGGUGGCGGCCCGCCAGCAGACGCUCUUCCGCUGCCUCACCACCGUGCAGGCCUCGCUCGUGAACCGGGGCAACCACAGCUGCCGCGUACUCGUGCACGACGUGGCCGCCGAGUUCAACCGCUUCGUGGUCAAGGGCAUGAAGGACAUGGCCGCCGCGGACUUGCCGUCCUCCGAGCUCAGUGCUGUCACUCGCGACUCGCUGGACUCGCUCAGCGAGGGGGAAGAGGAGGAAGACGACGGUGACAGCGAGUCCGAGGACGAGCAGGAGGGAGAACAGCAGGAGGAGCGCGAGUGCGACGCCUGCCACAGUCGACACGUCGUGUGCCGCACGCACAGCAGCGUCAAGGCAUAG